UUGUCUUGCCUCGCAGGUACCGAACAUCUUCGCAUUGUAGAACAGAUCAUCCAUUCUCGUGAUUCAUCUGUCGCCCAUACUGUAGUCUAUGACGUUUUCGCGGGUAUCGGCCCUUUUGCUGUUCCAAUAUCUCGUCGUCUUCGGGAUUCCGGAAGAGUGCUAGCUAAUGAUCUUAAUCCAGAGGCUUAUAAAUGGCUUUGUAUAAAUGCUGACCUUGAUCGUGGUAAAAGACACGCACAAAAUCUCGCUUGCUACUGUGUUGACGGAAGGGCAUUCAUCCGUGACGCGGUAUGA